CGGAGACCGCCAGGCGCGGCGGGAGGAUGUCGGCGCGCGGAGGGCGUGCGUCGCCCCCCUGCCCCGCCCGCGCCCCCCGUCCCGGGGGACCCCGCGCCCCGGGGAAGCCCCGCGCGGGGUGCCGGGCGCCCGCCCCAGUCCCUCCGCCUCCCCGAAGCCCGGGGCUGCCUCCUCGGGCCGCGCCGGGGCCGUCCCGCACUGCGCAUGAGCGGGAGCCCGGCAAGCCCGUGAGAGGAGCCGCCGCUGCCGCCGCCGUCCAUUCGCUGCGGAGCCGGAGGAGGAGGGGAGAGGCCUGGAGGACACCAACAUGAACAAGUUGAAAUCAUCGCAGAAGGAUAAAGUUCGUCAGUUUAUGAUCUUCACACAAUCUAGUGAAAAAACAGCAGUAAGUUGUCUGUCUCAAAAUGACUGGAAGUUAGAUGUUGCAACAGACAAUUUUUUCCAAAAUCCUGAACUUUAUAUACGAGAGAGUGUAAAAGGAUCAUUGGACAGGAAGAAGUUAGAACAACUAUACAAUAGAUACAAAGAUCCUCAAGAUGAAAAUAAAAUUGGAAUAGAUGGUAUACAGCAGUUCUGUGAUGACCUGGCACUCGAUCCAGCCAGUAUUAGUGUGUUGAUCAUUGCGUGGAAGUUCAGAGCAGCAACGCAGUGCGAGUUCUCCAAACAGGAGUUCAUGGAUGGCAUGACAGAGUUAGGAUGUGACAGCAUAGAAAAACUAAAGGCCCAGAUACCCAAGAUGGAACAAGAAUUGAAAGAACCAGGACGAUUUAAGGAUUUUUACCAGUUUACCUUUAAUUUUGCAAAGAAUCCAGGACAAAAAGGAUUAGAUCUAGAAAUGGCCAUUGCCUACUGGAAUUUAGUGCUUAAUGGAAGAUUUAAAUUCUUAGACUUAUGGAAUAAAUUUUUGUUGGAACAUCAUAAACGAUCAAUACCAAAAGAUACUUGGAAUCUUCUUUUAGACUUCAGUACAAUGAUUGCAGAUGACAUGUCUAAUUAUGAUGAAGAAGGAGCAUGGCCUGUUCUUAUUGAUGACUUUGUGGAAUUUGCACGCCCUCAAAUUGCUGGGACAAAAAGUACAACAGUGUAGCACUAAAGGAACCUUCUAGAAUGUACAUAGUCUGUACAAUAAAUACAACGGAAAAUUGCACAGUCAAUUUCUGCUGGCUGGACUGAACUGAAGAUCAAUCCUCACAAUUCAGACUGAGGGUUGUGUCAAAACUUUAAGGAUACAUCUUGGACCAUAUCGUAUUUCAUUCUUCUAAUGGUGGUUUGGGCUUGUCUUCUAGUCUGGGCCGCUCUAAACAUUUAUAAUUCCAACAUUGUGGAUUUCAUCUUAUAUCUGUGGACCAUCCUAGUUUAUUCUCCCAUAAGUCUUAGGAGCUUUAUGGUGAUUAUUUUGAGGUUUCCAUUCUUGCAUAAAGCACAAUGCUGUCUUCAUCAGAAAACAGUUUGGCAUAAGAAUUAAACAUAUGAACAUCACAAACAAUUUAUAAAAACUUCUUAAAUAUAUGCUUUGGGCUAGUUGCAAAGACUAUGCUGAUAGCACUUCCAAUGAGAGUGAUAUAUUUAAGUGUACCGGAUCUGGAAUGGUGUUUUGGUUUGGGGGGAUUUUUUUUUUCCCGGGCAAAUCACAUGUAUUGUUGAUGUGAGUAGAGUAACUGAUGUCAAAAUAACCAAUGUGAAAAAUUUUUAGGAUAACUUGGUGUGCCUACCUGAAAAAUUUAUUGUGUUUCAGACCCUCGAUUUCAAAAGGUUCCACAGAACUAGUCUGCACUUAACCUUACCCAUGUUUAUAUAUAGUUGUCUUAACAGGGAGCUUUUAUUUAGAAAAUGUCUGCAUAAUGUUAGAUUCUACUCCUGUCUACAUUAUGCACUACAUAAUUGGAUUUCAUUAUGAUUUUGAAAUGCUUAUAUGCCUGUCGAAUAAGUUAAACUAUUUAAUUUGUUUUGAAUGUUUUAGAGUGCUACACAAUACAAUAUUCUAAAUUUAGGCAUGAGGGUUUUAUUUUUUGUUUUGUUUUUUGGUUUUUUUGUCAGCGCACUAUGGAACACAAAUGAAAUUCUCUUAAUUUAUAAGAAGAUAGUAGGAAUUAAAUUUUGAAAAUGGUUGUGAUGAGCCAUGAAGUUCAAUCCUUAUAGGUACUGCUUUCAGACAAAUAGUCCAUUUUUGAUGACUUCUUAUUUUGUUGAAAUUCCUUUAACUGCUGAUCACUGUGGUUGCCAAAUACUUCAGGAGCAAAAAUUUUCAAGCAAGCAUGUACUUGAUGCAAAAUACCAAUCUGGCUUUUAUUUUCAUAAAUUAGUUUCUUCACCUUUUUUUGUUUUAUUCAAAUAAGCUCAGUUUUCACGUCAAAACAGAAUUCUCUCUUGUGUGUAUUUUUUUCAUUACAAGACCCAUGAACUGCUUUCAUGCUGAAGAUGCUCAUUUCUCUGUUCACUUCCUGACAUGUGAAGGGUUUAUUGCUUUCUUAAACAUUUCUGUAAGGCAAGUAAAAAAAUGGAAAACUUCAUAUGUUGGAUGACUUUGGUCUCUAGCAGGAAAAGAUUUUGCUUGGUAUAUCCAGGCAACUCUAUAAGGUCCAGUGUUGAAAUUAUCAAAGGAAUGUACUUCAGAACAGCAGUACAUUUUAUGUAGAUGUGGAAAUGAUUUUAAGAAACAAUGACAUCUUACUACUACUUUUUAUUUACACAGUUCUGAAACUGACUAGAAAGCUUUCCCCAUAGAUAUUAUAUUAAUAUUCCAAUCAUAACUUUAACUCAAGAAUAUAAUUCUACCAAAAGAAUAUUUUGAAAAUUUCUAUUCAGUUUACUGGAAUUGGUUAUUAAAAAAAAAAAAAAAAGAAAAAAAGAAGAAUCCUGCUGCUUUCAGUAUUUCCUGACUUCAUGUUUGUAAAUAUAAAGACGAACUUCAAUUAUGAAAAAUUUAAAAAGAUAUAUAUAUAUGUACUAUUUUGUUUCUGUCUGGAAGAUUUUGAGUUAUGGUAUUUUCAGAUUGAUUAAUUUGAGUAUGCUGUGUUUUAAAAUGAGAUCCCAUUAGCUUUUUUUUUUUUUUUCCAAUAGAAAAUUGUUUUCUUCAAAGUCUGAUAUUGGUUCAUGGCUUAGUGCCUUGGGUUUACAGACUUUUCCUUUUAAAUGCAAGACCUUUUUCAACAAAAUAGUGUUUGUCAUCAUUUUGGUACUAAACAUUUAUAAUUACUGUGUAAUUAUAAACAAAAAAUACAUAAAGCUUUGAAUAUAAUUAUGUAGCAUAAAAGUUAAGGUUGUUCACUCUAUGAUGGCAUCUUAGAAUUAAACAAUACUAUUACUAGGGCUGAAAAGAGAAGACUGGUUUAAUGUGGUGUGAUUAUUUUGAGGAUAAAUGCCUGGUUACAGGGAAUAUUUUAUACUAAAACAAUGCUUAUGCAUAUGGCCAUGUAUGUGUGUGCAUGUGUGUGCGUUUGUGAGAGAGAUUGACAAGAGUGAGAGAUUGAAAGAGACAUGUUGACACACACACACACACACACACACACACACACACACACACACACCUUGAAAUGCUUUAAUUCAUUAGUGUUUCAGUCUUCAUUUUGGUAAACUCCCCAGGCAGAUUCUUUGUUUUAAAUUGAACCACAGGUACAGUUUCCUUUUUGCCAAAUGUCAAAACAGGUACACAUUUUAAAAUGUACUGCUUUUUAAAUAGUAAAGUGUAUAAAAUUAGAAGUGCCCACAUCUAAAAAAAUACUUGAGAUCAAGAUUAUCUUUAGUGACUAUCAUCUGCAUAUCUCUGUAAGUUCAAAUGUGCUUCUUACAAUCCCUGUCAUAUUACCAACAGAGGCAAUAAAAGCUUCAGUGAAAUUGCCAUGACUAAA